UGAUUUCUGCCAGGCUGAGAGAGAGAUUUAAAUUAGGCUCCUCCCUCAUGCAUAGUGGGUGGGGCUUUAUAUGCCCAAACAGACAUGAUCCGAGCUUUGUCUCCAGGCUGGCUGUCAGUGUUGCUCUCCACAGGCGCUGUGAGCGUCUCUCAUCUCGGUUCAUCGACAGCCUCUUCAGACACACAGCUCGCUGGGUUUAAGCUGUCAUCCUGAUGCUGGAUCGAGCCGUGUUGCUCGAAAGAGACAGCUGAGACGGAACAAUACCGACGGGAGCUUGUGUGUCUUCGGCAAGUGAAUAUCAGCUUUCGUGAAGGACUCGUUCCAAGCGGAGGACAACAAACGACAGUUCCUAUAAACGCUUACUGUAAACCUCAGCAAUGCCCGGGUUUGACUACAAGUUCCUGGAGAAGCCCAAGAGACGCUUUCAGUGUCCUCUGUGUAGCAAAGCAAUGAGGGAACCCGUCCAAGUUUCCACAUGUGGACACCGAUUCUGCGAUACCUGUCUGCAGGAAUUCCUCAGUGAGGGGGUCUUCAAGUGCCCGGAGGACCAGCUCCCACUGGAUUACGCCAAGAUCUAUCCUGACCCUGAGCUGGAGCAGCAGAUACUGGCGCUGCCCAUCCGCUGUAUUCACAGUGAAGAGGGCUGCCGCUGGACCGGCCAGAUGAAACAACUGCAGAGCCACUUCUCAACCUGCGCCUUCAAUGUGAUCCCCUGUCCCAACCGCUGCUCCGUCAAGCUGACGCGCAGAGACCUGCCCGAGCACCUGCAGCACGACUGUCCCAAACGCAAGGUCAAGUGCGAGUUCUGUGGGAGCGAGUUCACAGGAGAGGCCCAUGAGAACCACCAGGGCAUCUGUCCACAGGAGAGCGUGUACUGCGAGAACAAGUGUGGCGCAAGAAUGAUGAGGAGACUAUUAUCCCAGCACACCAUGACCGAAUGCCCCAAACGCACACAGCCCUGCAAGUACUGUGGCAAAGAGUUCGUCUUCGACACCAUCCAGAACCACCAGUACCACUGCCCUCGCUUUCCUGUGCAGUGUCCUAAUCAGUGCGGCACCCCGAACAUCGCACGUGAGGAUCUGGCCAACCACGUGAAGGAGAGCUGUGGCAGUGCGCUGGUCCUUUGCCCCUUCAAAGAUGCUGGCUGCAAACACAGAUGCCCAAAGUUGGCAAUUGGACGACACCUGGAAGAGAGCACAAAGUCCCACCUGACCAUGAUGUGUAGUCUGGUGGGACGGCAGAGGCAGGAAAUCAUGGAGCUGAGACGUGAAAUGGAAGAGCUGUCGGUGAGUCAUGACGGCGUCCUCAUCUGGAAACUGACCGACUACUCGCGCAAGCUGCAGGAGGCCAAACUCCGCAACAACCACGAGUUCUUCAGCCCACCCUUCUACACGCACCGCUACGGCUACAAGCUCCAGGUGUCCGCCUUCCUGAACGGUAACGGCAGCGGCGAGGGCUCGCAUCUGUCCAUCUACAUCCGCGUGCUGCCCGGCGAGUACGACAGCUUGCUGGAAUGGCCCUUCUCCUACAAGGUGACCUUCUCCAUUUUGGACCAGAGUGACCCGUCGCUGUCCAAACCUCAGCAUAUCACGGAGACCUUCAACCCUGAUCCCAACUGGAAGAACUUCCAGAAACCAUGCAGCAGCAGCCGAAACUCGCUGGACGAGAGCACGCUGGGUUUCGGCUACCCCAAGUUCAUCUCGCACGAGGAGAUCAAGAAGAGGAACUACAUUCGCGACAACUCCAUCUUCCUCAAAGCUUCCAUAGAGAUCCCGCAAAAAAUCAUGGCUUGAGACUGUUCGAGUGACGAUUUGUCUUGACGUACGUCUUUGUGGACCCUUCUUCCUGUCAGAAACUCUGCCGAAAGACUCGGAGCUCGUCUGUCUGGUUAUUCGACUGGGGUCUGUAUCUCCACGUAGAAGUGUUUCGCAAAGUCAUCACUUUUGGAUUUGCUUUCCAGCACUCUCUUCCUCAAUCUACAGCAAUGCCUUUGGACAUUCAGUAGUGCCUAGAACAUUUAUUUUAAUUUAAAUGUUAUUUUUCUCACAGAUGUAAAGUAAACGAUUGAAGCGGAUUGUGAAAGGCUAUUCGUAAGCUUUGCACUUUGAGAAUGUUUUUCGGAGCUCUGGGAUAAGACUGCAGGCAUUCGGCGUACACACACUAAUCCUCUUUUUACCCUUUUGUGUACACACUUUCGCCCAGCAUCGGCCCUUGAAAACAAACUCAACAGAACUUUUUCCCAGUUUAGCUCAUUUUAAGUAAACUAACUACAACGGCUGUGAACUAAAUAUAUAACUUACUCUAGCGGUUCGAGACUUGUUUGAUGCAUUGUAGUACUUGACAAGUUAUGUUUUUUAACAUUAGGACCGAUUCCGAGGUGCUAAAGCUUUUUUGUUACUGUACGUUGGAAAACGACACAUUUUUGAAGUUCAUGCACUCCGGUUCGGAUCGAAAGCCAUGCGAGAGCUUGUUUACAUUCAGUCUGAGGGUGAUGGUGAGGAUCUACGAUGUGGACCAGGUUUUGUACUGUAACAUGUAUUCUUAACCAGCAUGUGAGGGCUUGUUGUGUUGAGACGGAUGGACGAGCGAAAGGAACCAAAUUUUUUUUUUAUAUGUGAAAAAACUAAAAUGUGAAAAACAUUGUGUCAUAAACGGAGGAUGAUUUCGAAUGUGAACUCUGGACUCACAUGCUCAGUUGAUUCUUUUUGUUCUUUGUCUUACUCUGGCAGAGGAUGAAUAGAAAGGUGUGGGCACUUGCAACGACCGCCCUAAAGCGCGUCGAGUGCGAGGGGGUCAUAUAGCUGUUGUUAGCGCGCCGCUGUUAGCCAUGGUUACCCCAUGCCUGUUAGCGCAGCAUGUGAACGAGAAGAGAGUUCUUCCAUGUGCCUGAGGAAGAUGAGCCUUGUGCAAUAUGGCUGCCAUUGCUCCAUACAGACCAGUGGAGGACUUUGUUGAUACUUAAUAUAUAUGUGAAUACUAAUAAAAAAAAAUGCAAAAGCACAUUCUUCUUCAACAUUUAAUCUUGCUACGAUACCAGCUAAUAUUUUGCAAUGAUUUUAAGAAAACCUGGAAAAAAAAAAUAUAUAAAACCUUUUUGCUAAGAUUCUGUAUUUUACAAAGUACUCAAGAUGUUUUCUACUACACAUUUUAGCGAUUCGUUUCAAGGGCUGUAUGUUGAAGUUUUAUGGACCCUUUUUAUGUUUCACCUCUGUGGCAUUUUGUUUUUGUCUGGUUUGUAUUUUGCAUAUUAUGUCUGUAUUGUUUCCUCAAGAGAAGUAUUUAUUUUAAAGCGCCAUGACAUAAACCUGACACGAAAUGGUGCAGGUGUUUUUAUAUGUUGAUCUGAUGAUUGCUUGCCGAAUAUCACUUGAAAUAAAACAAUGUCUACAA